UGGUGGUACUUGCAGGAAAUCAGAAAUACUGUUCUAUUGUAUAUACCAGGGUAUGUGAUCGAAGUGGAGCUGAGGGGAGCUUCUCAGGUGGUACUUGGUAUAAAAACUUUGAUACCUGUGCUGCAGGUGUAUACACACAAAUGCCCCCUCAGUGAGGUCUGAUAGUAUUGCUUGACAGAGACAGUUUUCAGAUCAGAGCACUGUUUACAAAGACCAAGGAGGUCCAGUAUUAACAUCAACAAAUCACAGGAAGUUAUGCACUGCAACUUUAAACAUUGGUUUAGGUGGUGCCCUAUUAUUUCCUUAAGUGAGUAAAACAUAUAGUCCCGAUCCUUUUUAUUCCUUCUAAGCUAAAUCCAUUUCUUUUGUUGUGAUCAGUGAUACGGCCACAUCAUGAGGAUGCCACAUGCAACACCGACUGCCCUGUCUAAAUAAUUUAGAGCCUUGUUUCAUCGGAUAUCAGCAACUUUAGACUUUGACGUAUGACUUACAGGCUGGCUGUAUAUGUAAUUGAUGAGAUGUUGACUUGUGCUUCAGUAUUCAACAGAGGUUGUGUUGAAUAGGAGCUGUUAAAGCAUGGCUGAACUCAGCAAAAUGCCCGAAAGUCAGCAAAAUGCGUCUAUAAUUAGUGCUUUCACUGGCCUCAUUUGUGGAGAAACACAUCACACGGAAUGCUUUCUGUGUUGUUUGUUAUUUAUUCAAUUAAAAUAAAGAAUCGACAGCACUUGUAUGAUUCAGGCCGGUUUUUUAAAACCUUUAAAGCUCAAACCGGAAUGAAGUGAAACCCAAGGUGUUGCAAGUGGGACAUGACACCGUUUGGAGAUUUCAUGACAAAGGAGUGUGUGUCUGCACCAAGAGCCAGUUCAGAGCAGCAGCCUAUUAAAGAUUAAGAAGGAACAUUAUUCCAAAAUAGGCUGAGCUGAUAUUUUGUCUAUUCAUCAAUGACUUUCUACCAGUUGUGACACUGAAAUAUGUUGAUUUCCUCAUGCUCAUUUUGGUUUUUUUACAUUUUUAUACUAGUUGUUUGCUGUUUGUUGCGAAAACUUUUAUUAUAGGGUGUCAAAAGUCCUCUCUGUGUCCUCACAUCAUCCUCACAUUGUAGCAUCACAGAUUCUGUAAAAUAUUUGAAGUUACAUGUGCAUUUGUGAGUAUUCAUUAAUCUAAUUAAGAUGAUUUUUAUGGGUUUUUUUUGCAGUUUAGAAGGGAGAGUUGACUUGCAGUUUAACAGCUGGAAAUCGACUGUGUUUGAAAAUACUGAUGUUUGAUUUUUAAUCACAAUGUGAAUAUAAAUAACUUUUAAAAAUGCAUUCUGAGUCUAUGCAGAUUAGCAGACUCUGCUCACAGUGACGUCUCUCAGCAGCCCCUAGUUAUAGUUACCAGUCUCGGGUUCAACACUCAUGCACUAUUCAUUGGUGUAUCACAUCACUCCUGCCCGGCUCCAGACUGGGACAAACUCGAUUCUUUUCUCUGCAACUUAACUUUGUAGCCUUAUUCUUACUGCUGCGAAAAUGUCUAAAAUGUUCACGUAGUGUCGCCUCCAUUUCAGGACAAAGAGAGAAAAAGUGAAGAUCAAGGGAACUGUUUUCCUCUCAGGGAGCCGCCUACAAGACAAGAGCAUCAUUUCCCUGUAUGAGCACACAGAGAAGUGUUUUGCAGCAUGAAGCGCAGUAAGCACCGCGGACACAAGGAGGACAAAAAUGGAGAUGAGCCGGCCAUUUUGGAGACAGAAAACAUGGGCAUGUUCAUGGGAGGAGGCCAAGACCUGGACACCAUCUCAGUGGCCUCAGUCACCGCCGUCACCACCAAUGUAUCAAAUAAGAGGUCAAAGCCAGACAUCAAGAUGGAGCCCAGUUCAGGAAGACCAGUCGAUUACCAAGUCAGUGUGACAGUGAUUGAGGCCAGACAGCUGGUGGGACAGAACAUGGAUCCGAUGGUCUGCGUGGAGAUUGGAGAAGAUAAGAAGUACACCUCGAUGAAAGAAUCGACCAACUGCCCGUAUUACAAUGAAUAUUUUGUGUUCGACUUCCACGUCCCUCCAGAUGUUAUGUUUGACAAAAUCCUGAAGUUGUCUGUAAUCCACUCUAAAAACCUCCUGCGUAGUGGAACACUGGUUGGAACCUUUAAACUGGAUGUUGGCACAAUCUACUCACAGCCAGAACAUCAGUUUUACCACAAAUGGGCGCUGUUGUCUGACCCCGACGACAUCACAGGAGGUUGUAAAGGAUAUGUGAAGUGUGAUGUUGCAGUUGUGGCCAAAGGAGACACAAUAAAGACUCCACACAAGGCCAAUGAGUCUGAUGAAGAUGACGUAGAGGGGAAUCUCUUAAUACCUGAAGGGGUGCCGGCAGAGCGACAGUGGGCUCGCUAUUACCUGAAGAUCUACAGAGCAGAGGGACUCCCAAGAAUGAACACCAGCAUCAUGGCCAAUGUGAAAAAGGCCUUCAUAGGAGAAAAUAAGGACCUGGUUGAUCCUUAUGUUCAAGUACUGUUUGCUGGGCAGAAGGGGAAAACAUCGGUUCAGAAGAGCUGCUACGAGCCCAUCUGGAAUGAGCAAAUAGUUUUCACCGAGAUGUUUCCUCCGCUGUGCAAACGCAUGAAGAUCCAGAUCCGUGACUCGGAUAAAGUGAAUGACGUUGCUAUGGGAACACACUUCCUUGACCUAAAGAAGAUUUCCAAUGAUGGGGACAAAGGCUUCCUUCCAACUCUGGGCCCUGCCUGGGUGAACAUGUACGGCUCCACUCGGACCUACUCCCUGAUGGACGAGUACCAGGAGUUGAAUGACGGACUCGGCGAGGGCGUGUCCUUCAGAGCUCGUCUGCUCGUCAGCCUGGGCGUUGAGAUCCUGGACCCCUCCUCUCCCGACUGUUCCAGCUCCACCGAGGUGCAGGUGGAGGGAGUGCCCAACAUCUCAGAGACCGCAACCGGGAAAGUUGAGGAAUUUUUCCUCUUCGGUUCGUUCCUCGAGGCUACAAUGAUUGAUCGGAAGAUCGGCGAUAAACCCAUCAACUUUGAGGUCACCAUAGGUUACUAUGGAAACGAAGUCGAUGGAGUGGUCCAGCCAAAGAGGAAAGGGAAAAAGGGCGAUGGCGAUGAGGAGGAAACGGAGCUGAUACACAACUCGAGUGACGAGGAGAUGGAGGACGACGGGGACCUGACAUCAGUGGCUACUACACCUCUCAUGAAACCUGUCGUCACUGAUCGAAACUACUUCCACUUGCCCUAUUUUGAGAGGAAGCCUUGUUUCUACAUCAAGAGCUGGUGGCAGGAUCAGAGACGGAGGCUGUUCAAUGCCAACAUCAUAGACAACACUGCAGAUAAACUGGAGGAUGGACUAAACGACGUGCAGGAAAUCAUUAAGACAGAGAAGGCCUAUCCUGAGCGCAGACUCAGAGGCGUCCUGGAGGAACUCAGCCAUGGAUGCAGUCAGUAUCUUUCGCUGGCAAACAAGGACCAGAAUCAGUCCGGUAGAACCAAACUUGACAGGGAGAGACUGAAGCUGUGCAUGUCAGAAGUGGAAUCCAUCGGCCAGCAAGCGAAGGCCAUGAGGACACAAGUGAAGAAAAGUACAGUUAGAGAUAAACUCAAACUGGCCCAGAACUUCCUGUCAAAGCUGCGCUUCCUGGCUGAUGAACCGCAACACAGCGUUCCGGAUGUUUUCAUAUGGAUGAUAAGUAACGGGAAGCGCAUUGCUUAUGCACGUGUCCCCUCCAAAGACAUUCUAUAUUCCAGUACAGACGAGGAGAGGGGAAAGGACUGUGGCAAAGUCAAAACUAUGUUCCUCAGGAUUCCUGGAAAGAAAGGCUUUGGGCCUGCGGGCUGGACAGUCCAGUCCAAGAUAGAGAUUUACUUUUGGCUCGGUCUAACCAGGCAGCGCAAAGACUACCUGAAUGGCCUUCCAAAUGGAUUUGAGGAAAACAAGUUGUCCAAAGGACCCGGCCUGCCGUGCACGCCUCCCAUUAGCCUCACUUACAUGAUGAAACAAAUCUUCCAGCUGAGGGUCCACAUGUACCAAGCCCGCAGCCUGUUUGCUGCUGACAGCACUGGCCUGUCUGAUCCAUUUGUCAGAGUUUUCUUCUCAACACAGAGUCAAGUCACUGAGGUGUUGCCUGAGACCCUCUGCCCCACAUGGGACCAGCUGCUGGUCUUUGAGAAUGUGGAGUUGUUCGGCGAGGCCAACGAACUGAGAGACGACCCUCCAAUCAUUGUCAUUGAGAUCUAUGAUCAGGACACAGUGGGCAAAGCCGACUUCAUGGGCAGAACCUUUGCUAAGCCUGUGGUCAAGAUGGCAGACGAACACUACGGCCCUCCACGCUUCCCUCCACAGCUGGAGUACUAUCAGAUCUACCGCGGGAACUGCGCCGCUGGAGAAAUGCUGGCAGCGUUUGAACUGCUGCAGAUUGGACCCAAUGGGAAAGCCGACCUGCCUCCGAUAGACGGGCCUACAGAUAUGGAACGUGGUCCAAUCAUGCCCGUGCCACUGGGAAUCCGACCGGUGCUCAGCAAGUACAGGAUUGAGGUUUUGUUCUGGGGCUUGAGAGACUUGAAGAGAGUGAAUCUGGCCCAGGUGGAUCGGCCUCGUGUGGACAUUGAAUGUGCUGGGAAGGGGGUUCAGUCAGCCCUCAUCCCCAACUACAAGAAAAACCCCAACUUCAGCACCCUCGUCAAGUGGUUUGAAGUGGAUUUGCCCGAGAAUGAGUUGCUUCACCCACCGCUGAACAUCCGCGUGGUGGACUGCAGGGCUUUUGGCCGCUACACUCUGGUCGGCUCCAACGCCGUCACAAGCCUCCGGAAGUUCAUCUACAGGCCGUCAGACAAGCAGGCCAACAACUGGUCCUCAAACAAUACUGAGGAAAUUAUUGUUGUGAAUAUGGAACCUGAGCCUUCUUAUAAGAAGAUGGACACUGUGGUCAAACUAGACUGUGGCUCUGAUGCUGUGGUCAAGGUUGAGGACGACGAUAAGGACGGGAAGGGGAAAAAGAAGAAGAGGAAGAAGGGCGAUGAGCCUGAGGAUGAGGAAUUCGACGAGAGCAUGUUUGACUGGUGGUCCAAAUACUUUGCCUCCAUUGAAACUUUGACAGAGGCACUCAAAGCUCAAGAGGCAGCUCUGUCAGACUCCGAGGACAAAGAUGACAUGGACAUCACAGACAGUGGAGACAUCAAACCUGAUGACUCUCCUGUGAAAGGCUCCAAGCGAGGAAGAGGAAAGAAGGACAAGAAGAAGAUGACAAUCGACCCGUUUGAGAGGAAAAAGCCAAAGCUGGACGAGCUGAAGGUUUAUCCUAAGGAGCUAGAGGGCGAAUUCGACAACUUUGAGGACUGGCUUCACAGUUUCAACCUGUUCAGGGGAAAGGGAGGCGAUGACGACGACCAGAAUGUGACGGACGAAGACCGGAUUGUUGGAAGAUUCAAAGGCUCAAUGUGCAUGUACAAAGUGUCAGAUGAUCUUCCCAGAGACUUUGAUUCCAACAUGGGAAUGUUUCAGAACAUUCCUCACAAUGAUCCCAUCAAUAUCCUUGUCCGCAUCUAUGUCAUCAGGGCGACUGAUCUGCACCCGGCUGAUAUUAACGGAAAAGCCGACCCGUACAUCGCAAUUAGACUGGGAAAGACAGAGAUCAAGGAUAAAGAGAACUAUAUCUCAAAACAGCUGAACCCUUUGUUUGGAAAGUCUUUUGACGUGGAGGCCACAUUCCCAAUGGAUUCCACGCUCACCGUGUCAAUCUACGACUGGGACCUGGUGGGAACCGACGAUCUGAUCGGAGAAACCAAACUGGACCUUGAGAAUCGCUUCUACAGCAAACACAGAGCCACGUGUGGUAUCACACGUAACUACGCCAUCCAUGGUUACAAUGUUUGGAGAGACCCAAUGAAACCCACACACAUCCUGGCGAAGCUGUGUAAGGACGGCAAAGUGGAGGCGCCCCAGUACGGCCCAGGUGGAAGAGUGAAGGUGGAGAACCGUGUCUUCAUGGCUCCGACUGAGAUCGAGGACGAAAAUGGUUUGAAGAAGCAGACGGAUGAACACUUGGCUUUGACCGUGUUGAAGCACUGGGAGGACAUCCCGCGGGUCGGAUGCAAACUGGUACCAGAACACGUGGAAACGCGACCGCUGCUGCACCCGGACAAACCUGGGAUUGAACAAGGAAGAAUUGAGAUGUGGGUGGACAUGUUUCCCAAAGACAUGACUGCGCCUGGUCCCGCACUCGAUAUUUCACCGAGGAAACCAAAGAAGUUUGAACUGAGGGUGAUCAUCUGGAACACGGAUGAAGUCGUGCUGGAGGACGACGACAUCUUUACCGGCGAGAAAUCGAGUGAUAUCUUUGUGCGAGGUUGGUUGAAAGGGCAGCAGGAGGACAAGCAGGACACUGACGUCCACUACCACUCCAUCACCGGGGAGGGCAACUUCAACUGGCGCUUCGUCUUCCCCUUCGACUACCUCAUGGCCGAGGAGAAGAUCGUCAUCUCCAAAAAGGAGUCCAUGUUUGCCUGGGACGAGACGGAAUACAAGAUCCCGGCUCGUCUGAAUCUGCAAGUGUGGGACGCCGACCAUUUCUCUGCAGACGACUUCUUAGGUGCUAUUGAGCUGGACCUGAACCGCUUCCCACGCGGCGCAAAGACUCCGAAGCAGUGCACCAUUGACAUGGUGACAAACGAAGGAGACAUGCCCAUGGUCUCCAUCUUCAAACAGAAGCGGAUCAAAGGCUGGUGGCCAUUCGUGGCCCGAAAUGAAGAUGAAGAGUUUGAACUGACAGGCAAAGUGGAAGCAGAGCUGCACCUUCUGACCGGAGAGGAAGCUGAGAAAAACCCUGUCGGCGAAGGACGCAACGAACCGGAGCCGCUGGAGAAACCCAACCGCCCCGACACCAGCCUUCUGUGGUUCCUCACGCCCCUCAAAGCCAUUAAACACUUGCUCUGCACCCAGUACAAGUGGCUGACCAUCAAGAUCGUGACCGCGCUCCUGCUGCUGGCCUUGCUGGCUCUUUUCCUCUACAACAUGCCGGGUUACAUGGUCAAGAAAAUGCUGGGAGCUUGAGGGUGUUGCUCAGUCACCUCCUGCACAAGCCGCCCUGACAUCGCCCUCCUCUGGUUCCUCAUCCCGUUCAAAGCUGCGAAGCACCUGGUGUGCGACCAGUACAGGUGGCUGACCAUCAAGAUCGUGACCGCUCUCCUGCUGCUCGCCAUCUUGGCUCUUUUCCUGUACAACAUGCCUGGUUAUAUGGUGAAGAAAAUGCUGGGCGCCUGAGUUAAAACCGGCAGAUGAUACAUUUUUUUUUCCAAAGAGUGUGAACUUCCAUCAUGAUUUGUAUUUUUGUGAGCGUUUUUUUUUUUUGCAACUUGACAAAGUUCUUAUGCCUUAUUAUUAUUAUUGUUAUAAGAGUUUCUUCACUUUGAGUGUGCUUAUCAUUAUCGUUAUUAAUGUACAAAUUCAAACUCGUUGCUUCUGCUGCUGUGAUAACUGUUUUUUUUCUUUGUUUUUAGUCACCUAUAGAAGGAGUUUUGAUUAAAUUGUUCGGAUUUUAGAACUAGUUGAGUUUUGUUCCGAUUUCUUGCUUGAAAAAGUUGUUGUCAAGGAAAUAAAUGUUUUGUCUAUGUGCUGUAUGUAUGAAUAAAUUGAUCUGUGAACUA